AUGGGGAAGAGACAAAAUAGGGUGGUUCCAAUUUUAUUAUUAGGAAAUCAUGUAAUGAGUGCUGAAAAAGAUGCAAAUAGUCCCUCGAGAGAUACUAAGAAUACGGAACGAACUCGAUCUGUAAAUUUUAAUAAUUUAAUUUAUGUCAAUUGUACAAGGGAACAGAAGACUUAUUUUAUGCCUAUCAACUUUUGCCUGUUGAACACCAGAUCAAUAAAUAGGAAAGAACUUUUUAUUAAUGAUUAUGUGUCUGAGAACGAUAUUGAUAUUCUAGCAAUGACUGAGACAUGGUUACGUGAGGAUGAUAAUGAAUUUUCUAUUGCUGAAAUCUGCCCAACGGGGUAUCACUUUUAUCACGUUACAAGGAAAAAUGCACGAGGUGGAGGAGUUGGUCUCUUACUGAAGAAAUAUAUUAAAGUCAAAAAACAAUCUCAGAGAAAAUUCUCUUCUUUUGAAUAUAUUGAUGUCACCUUGAACUGCCGUAAUACCUGCACCAGAAUGAUUGUCAUUUAUAGACCACCCCCAUCGAAGACUAAUAAAUUAAGCAGCUCAAUAUUUUUUGAAGAAUUCUGCAUAUUUGUGGAACAGUUGAUCAUAUUACCUGGCAAUAUAUUAAUGGCAGGAGACUUUAAUUUUCAUAUAGAUAACAUUGGAGAUUCAGAUACUAUUAAACUCAACAAGAUACUGGAUCGUUUAAUUUACAACAGCACGUCAAUGGGCCAACCCACAAGAAAGGCCACACCUUAGACUUGAUUAUAACAAGGAAUGAAGAUAAAUUAGUGACUGGUAUCAGAAUACAUGAUCCAGUAAUAUUAGAUCAUCUUGUCAUACAUUGUACAUUACAGUUAGAAAAACCACCAUUAGAACAAGCUGAAAUUUAUUAUCGAAAAUUAAACAAUGUAAACAUGGAUAGUUUCAAUGAAGAUCUAAAAGUACUAGAUUUAAAUGACGAUUAUGAUCUUUCAGUCCUUAUUGAUAAAUAUGAAAAUACGUUGAAAGAAACAUUACAGCAGCACAAAAACGACGAAUUAUAA